GUAUCAUUGGAUUCUGCUUGUCAUUUGCCCUAUGGUCGAUAAGGGAUAUAUUUUUGAUUCCAUGUCGAGUUCUUCUAGCAUUAGUAUUCAAAGAGACUUAACCACAAUGUACAGGGUUGCAUCCGCACAAAAAGGUAGCGGUAAGCCAAUUAAAUGGAAUAGUGUGAAGGUUGCACAACAAACCGGAAGUACUGAAUGUGGAUAUUAUGUCAUGAGAUUCAUGUGGGAAAUAAUAUCAUACUCUGAAAAUCAUGAUAUUGGAAAGGUAUGGCGUUCAAGAAGUGAACCAUACACAUUAGAAGAGUUCAGUGAUAUCAGAAAUGUAUGGUCAAGAUACUUUCUUGAUGUUGUAUUGUAAAGUUGGGAAAAAAC